AUAAAUUAAUGGUUCAAGUACCUUUUAACUUGGAAUAUUGGAUGUUAAACUAGUAUGGUCUGGAAAUGGAGUUGUGGCUGUCAUCCGAUUACGUAGGAAGGAAUGCAGGUGCAAAACAUGUAAGGGAUUGUAACAAAAAAUGUGGACACAUAAAUUGGAAUAUUUCAUGGAUAUGAAAGUUAGCGACAGAGUGUCUGAAAUUGUUCUGAGGAUUUUAAUUCCAUUGAUUAUUAGAGUUCGACCCAAACAGACCCGGUUCACAAAAACAAUGCAUUGUAAUAUUGCUAAUGCAAUGAGGAUGGUCAAUUGAUCGUAUUGACAGAACUUUAGUGGUAACUGUUGCUGUAUGUCAUAGAAAGAGGUGUUUUCUUUUUAGGAUACAAAUAAGAAAGAGGUGUUUUCUUUUUAGGAUACAAAUAGUGGAUGGCAUUUGGUGUUCCAUGUUUCAUUUCUUUGAAAGGCAUUUGAUAAAAGUGAGCAAACAUGCGAUGUUGGACAAAUUUCAAUAUAAAAAAGUAAAUACUUGAAUUAAGUCCUAAAUUAAGAACUGAAAGAGUUUUUCUUUUAAGUAGGACGUUAAUGCAGUUUUAUCUGCAAGGUGAUAUAAAAAUGUGCAGUGGGUGCAUUUAACCGCAUUUCCAUGGCCUAAAAUCAUUUGUAAAUAUUUACUUUUAAAAAAAGUUUAAUGUAGAGAUGCUGUGGUUUUUGGGAGGAAUAGCAGUCGUGUUUGCUCGUUAAAACAAAACUUGUUGUAUGGAUCGUGCAUCUAUUCAAGAUCACCUGACGGAUAUUACUUUCCGUGUACUAUGUGCCGACCGUGUGACCCAGAUGACUAAAACAUACAAUGACAUAGGCGCUGUGACAAGAUUACUGGAAGAGAAAGAGCGGGACCUGGAGUUGGCUGCGAAGAUUGGUCAGAGCCUGUUGGAGAAAAACAAGUUUUACGAGGAGAGAAAUGAAACUCUUGAGGAACUGGUUACUCAGGCAAAUGACAAAAUCUCUCAGCUCAAACAUGACCUGUAUAGCCGAGAAGUGCUCCUCAAGCUGUACACUGAGACUUACGAGGGCGGGGAGGGGGCGACACCCGGGCAAGGGAAUACCCCGGAGGAGGCUAGCAUGCCCCUACUGCAGAAGAAGAUUCAGAGCCUGGAAGACGAGAACCUUCAGCUACACCUAGAGACUUCCAAGUUGAAGUCAGCCACUGAUGGACUAGAAGACCGGGAACAGAAGCUCGUCAAUGACUGUGUCCAGCAGCUAGAGGACGUACAUCAGCAACUGGAACUGUUUGCUAAAGAACUUUCUGAGAAGUCUGAGGAAUGCAGCAACCAGAAGGAAGAAAUAACAAAUCUGCUUCAUCAGAUUAUAGGGCUCCAGAAACGUGUUCGAACGUUGACAGCGGAGAACAUGGAGCUACAGAAGACUUUGGAGGCAGCCCAUGACUCUCAGAACUACCUGAGUAGAGAGAUUGGUGACCUCAAGGAGAAAAAUGAGGAGCUUCUCUUCCACCUUGAAGAGACCCAGGAAGAAUUACGAAAGUUCCGGAGUCGGGAGCGUCCUAUUGCCCAGCGGUACCCUCUCAUGUCGCCACUGCUAGGGGCAGGGGGUGGGGAAUCUCUAGCAUCAGAGCUGGAAAACUCAAUGAGAAGUGAGGUUGACCACCCUAAGGGCUACUCUCCCAUGGAUAGGAGGAAGCAUACCUUUAAGGUUUUCGAAACCGCUAAAGCAGCGAAAGGAGCCAGUCAUCAUAAUUCAUGCAGUGCCAGCAUGCUGGGAGCCAGUGAAGAUUCACGAUCUGCAUCACAGAGAAGCUCUAUGUACUUUAGUGACAAUGAGUCUGGGGUCGGAGAAGCGCAUGGAAGUGACCUUGACUCCCUGUACAGUGGAUCCAGUAAACUAGGUCGUCCAGGUGUUCCCGGGUCCACAGAUCUACAGACCGCCCUGCGUCGCCUGUCAAUGAGGCGAGCUAAUGAACUAAACGAGCAGGAUUACGCCAAGGGAGAGAAGGAAAGACAGGAAAGAGAACAAUUGAGGGAAAGGACAAACAGUGAGGUAACAGAGCAUUCAGAAACCGAGUCAAUGACCCCGGGGCGAUGUCGGACCCCAGACAGUCAGCUGUCGGCCAACAGUGGCUACCUCUCUAUGACAGGAAGUGCGAACUACUACAGGAUGCCGGAGAGAUUAAAGAUUGUGAAACCGCUGGAAGGUUCAAUAACUCUGCGGCAAUGGCAACGUCUUGCCAAGCCCCACCUAGGUGGUAUUUUCGAGAACAAGCCCGGGGUUCAGGUCAGAGGAGAGAAGAAAAUCAAACAGCUGGAGCCCGAGGUCUACACGCUGUCAGAUUAUGAGGAGGAUGAUGACAUGUCUGUUUACCCGACGCGGUUCAACCACAGUGCGGGCGUGUACACCUUCACAGACUCGCGAGUUCAACACCCCACCGAGGCUGCGAGUGACACCGAGUCCGUGUCCACCCUGGAAGAGGAGAUUGAAGAGGUUUCAUCCACAACGUCUAACUCCACUCCUCGUAUGGCUGUAAGUUCCAAGGCAGAGGGUUCGGGAACCAGUACAUACAGCAUGUCCAUGGGGCUGGCUUCCCUGCUCAAUGAGCGUGACAUCAUCACCCCUACAGACACUGGGUCAAGUGGGGCAAGGUCAAGGCUCGAAAUGGGCAUCAGUCAGUCUAAUCCCAGUCGGUUUCCGAGUCUUGUGUCUGAGACACACUUCAAACCUGGACAGAGUUCUACCCCCGCGACUCUAUCGCUGACUACUAACAAUUAUAGACUAAUACCCUCACCUUCAACUCACAACGCAAGGCCAUUGAAAGGUCAAGGUGAAGGUCAGAGCGAUGAAAAGGUUGUUGAUAUUUCAAGGUCAUUUCAGAGUCAGCAGACCACAGCAGGGUCACAUACAACUUCUUGGGUGUCUGCUUUGGCAAACCUUUCCCCUGGGUCAGGCUCCUUAGGAACAAUGAGUCUGAAUGCCGGGAGGUCAAACAAUGAUACAAACGCUUUAGGAGUGAUUAACAAACUAAAAACUACAGGCUUUUCACUGUAUGGAUAUUUAACAGGUGUGGGGAACACAGAAGGUGUUAACAAUGCCGGUAAUGGUGAUAGAGAUACAAAUUUUGUGAGUCAACAUACUAACAAUGCAGCUACUGGUGUGACUUCUACAAGUAGACCUACUUCUCUGAAAUUGUCUGUGUUAACUGCUGCUUCAAAUGCAACUGUCUCCACCGCAAAUGUCACAAAUGCUUCAUUGGCAACAGUUGGUGGGGCAACAGGGAUGACAACUACUGACUCUUCGAGUAGUCAAGGGAGUAAACUGUCAUCACUGUUUUCUGGUAAAAGUGCAACUGGCGUUAUAGGGGCAUUGGCCAAACUACACAGGGAUUCUAGUUUAUAAAAUAGUUAAUAUUUGUAUAGCUAAAAACUGGACAUUUAAAAUUAUUGUGACUUUUGUACUGUGGUGUUUUUUUAGUUACUCAGAAGUGCCAAUUUUAUUACAGUAUAAAGAUGACAGUAUAAGGACAACAUAGAUGAUCUUAUGUGACAAUGUUAGAUUAAAUAAUGAAGAUAUCCAACAUACAAAUAAGCUUAAGACAUUUUAUCUAGCCAUCGACAAUAAUGUUAGAUUUAUAUGCCUGUUCAGACCGCAUAUAAUUUUGGUAUCAUUUGAAGGGAUCAUGCUUGGUAAUGGCUAAUGUGUUAAAUUGAUGACAAAAUAUAUACGUUAUAUUGAAAGAUAUAGCAGUUAGUUCUUUAAUUUUUAUUACAACUAAAACAGAGAAUCAACAUCAAAUUCCAAAAAAGCUUAUUUUUGGUGUAUUCUUUCCAUUUUCUUUCCCACAAAGUGACCCUUUAAAAUGAUAACAAAAUAAUAUGGGGUCUCGAGACAUUAUUGCACAUCGUAUACCUAAAAACACGACGCUAGGAUAACUUAAGAUGAAUCUGGUAGAAUUUAGUUAUUAUUUAAAACAGAGGAGUUAGAAUCUUAUGUGUGAAACUAUAGACUCUUACAUUAAUGCAAACCCUCAAUUAUUUUUAACAAGCUUGAUAAUGCAGUAACUUACAGAUACAAGCUUAUGAUGGUACACCAAAAAAGGACGUAGAUUUUUCAGUAUGUGCCAUUUAUAAAAUUUACUUAUUGGACCAUUCUUGUCAUUUGAAAAUAAAUUAUUAUUAUUGUCAAAAUGGUUACUUCUACUCAAACCUAAGUUAAAUUAUUGCCGUUUCCAAAAAAAUGUGUCUAUAUAAAUUAUAUUUCUUGUUUAACGUAUGCACAAGUUAUAAUUAUAUAUAAGUCUAUACAUCAUGACUGUUAUUUAUAUCUCUCACUAGCUACCAUGUACAUAUAUUUAUAACUAUUUUAUUCCUAUUUUUAACAAGCACUAUGUGAUAACGGGGAUGUUUUUAAGGUGUGACCUUGAACUUUGAGGUGUGACCUUGAACUUUGAGGUAUGGCCUUGAACUUUGAGGUAUGACCUUGAACUUUGAGGUAUGGCCUUGAACUUUGAGGAACGACCUUGAACUUUGAGGUUUGACCUUGAACUUUGAGGUAUGACCUUGAACUUUGAGGUAGGGACUUGGGUUAAUUAGGUUAUUGAGAUAUAAGUUAUUGUAAAUGAUGACAUUUUGUUUUGCUUUUAAUAUUAACUUGUUUUAAAAAUGCAAUUUAUGAGUAGUGUGUUUUUCAAGGAAAGUAGAGUAUAAGACUUAUGGUAGUAGGCAGUAUUGUCGUGCAAAAACCUUAGUAAAUAAUAUUCCAGAUAUUUACCAGACAUAAGGACACAUGUUACAGAUAUGAAGCUAUUCAAUGUCCAUAACUCUGGCAUUGAUAAUUGUUUCGCCCCUUUAGAAGGGAAAAAACCAGUACAGUUAUAGUGUAUUUCUUUUUAAUAAAAAGAUAAAUGAUGAAAUAGUUAAAUUAAUUAAAAAAAUUAAUUUAUCUGAAAAUUGUGACAGAGGCACUGUUUUUGUCCACUGGCUUAAAGGGAUGGAGCUUGUAUAGCAAUGUCCUAGCAAGCUCAGCCCAAGACUGUUGUAUUCAUUUACUCAGUAUAAAAGAAGAAGCGGUAACAACUGUUUAGCUUUGGGUGCAUGUAAUUUUGUUUUUGUGCAUUAUAUGUUAGGACAGGGGAUGUAAUGAAUCUAAAACUCUGUAAUCAGGUCAAAUUGUGUUGUGUGUUAUAACUGUAAUCUAGAUGUUGAUCAACCAUUUUCGACCAAAAUGACACUAUGCAUCGUUUGUAUUUUCAUUGUCCCAUUUCAGCAUUUAAGACUGCAUUUGCCAAGUAAAAUGUUAUUGUUUAAGGCUCUGGAAGUCAUUCUUCAUCAUUUACUGUCAUAAUUAAUUCAUAUUAUUGGAUAAGCCAGUCACAAUUAGUGGUGCUGAAUUACAUACAUACAUAUAAAUUUUUGAGCUCGCAUUCAUUUUUUACAAAUUCUCAUUUCAUUCAGGCUGUUGUGCAUUGUCAUCAAACCCAGUUCUGUAUUCCUUUUAGUAAAAAAUGGGAAAAUUGACAGACAAAUUUUUGUUUUCAGGAAUAUAAAUGAGAUAGGGAAUAAUACUCUUUUUCUAAUGAAAUCCUGAUACUCUUUUUACAAUGAAAUUGCAUACUAUUAUUAUAAAUUAAUACUCUUUAACUUAGAAGAUUAACCUUGUUGACCUCAAGGUGUUUUGUUACUAAAUAUAGAAAAGAACACACAAUGCAAUUUCAUUGGCUUAGAUUUCAUUAGAUCCCAAGUUGGCACCAAUGAAAAUGCCUCAUUAAUUAAUAAUGAGUACUAUUACACACAGUACCAGAUUUUUAUAGAGAAAUGUCCCAAUGAAGCAAAGCUUGUAAGUGUACCAGCGGUAGUGUUAUUUCAGUUCUUUCUUAUUUACAAUUGUCUCAUAUAUUAGUCAAAACUUCUUGUGUUGUACAUGGAACUCAUUAUUAUAUAUUUUUAAGAAAAGUAAUUCAUUAAUAUGCAAUCUUUGAAUAAUUAUUGAAUGAAAAAUGAAUUCUUAUAUUAUGUCAAAUAUAUAAUGUUUCUCUUGAAACAAGAUGAACUUAAUGUUACGGUUGUCAUUAGUCGGACCCCUAGUGCUUUUAAAUGUUGUUAGUGAUUUGUAAAUUCUAUUUAGUUGUUAAAGGGCUUUCAUUUCUGUUUUAUCAUUUUUGUGUAUAUUAUAAGUUCAAUUUCAAUUAAAGCAGGUUUUUUUGCUAAAUUAAUUUGACAAUUUCUAUUUACAAUCUAAAUAAUAGUAAACGGUAAAUUCUAUAAACAUAAGUCUAUGAGAAAUAACAAAUCGAACAUCGGAACAUUCUGAUUGCUCAAGCAAAGCUUAAUCCAAAUAAAUUGUUGCUCAUUGUUUUUGUCUCAAAAUACCACCAUUUCAAUUCCAAUAUGAUUAAAACAAUAUUUAGAGAACAUUUUGAAUAAUGCCAUAAUAAGCAAAUGUUUCCUUUUAUUUUGUAAAAAACCCUCAAUGAGUUUGCAUAUUUCCUAAACAGCUUGCACAAAUGAUUUUCUUGUCAAAUUUGCGUCUAAAUUAAGCCAAAAUGUCUAAGUGUUGAUAAGUGAUGUUAACGAUCUAACCUUAUUUGGUUAAUAAAAUGAGUUUAAAAACAUACCUUUUAAAUCUUAACUUGAUAACUAAACUUAAAUUAUUAUUUAUUAGUCUUAUUGAUUCCUAGAUCAGUCAAUGACUGUUAUUGCAUAUUUUAUGCAUGCUUUUUUUUAUCAAAAAUAGACCACUUUCAUAGUAAACAAACAUUAUUUACCGAGUCAUGUAUUUAUGCUUGUCCACAUUUUGUGUUUAAAAGAGCUUAGGAAUGUAUAAUUUCAAGCAUUUGUUAUAUAUGCACAGUAUACCCCCCUGUAAAGCUUCUAGGUACGUUUGUACUGUUUUCUAGAUAGCCAAGAAAUUGUUUUCGAAAUUAAAAGUAUAAAAAACUA